AUGCGCGCAAUCAGCCCGCUCUCGCUGAUCAGUGCUGUGACCACCCUGGUUACCUUGCUUCUGGUGCUCUCGCCAUCACAGGCGUUGGCCUCUCCCGUAUCAUCGGUCAAGAGAGCCACGUCUUCAUCCUACUGGCUAGCGAACAUCAAGCGUCAAGGUUCCGUGGCAUUUGGCAGCGACUCAUCUUACGCUGUCUAUCGCAAUGUAAUGGACUAUGGCGCCAAAGGUGAUGGCUCUACAGACGACACAGCAGCUAUCAACGCAGCAAUUUCUGCCGGCAGUCGUUGCGGUUGGGGCUGUGAUAGCAGCACAGUCACGCCUGCUCUCGUCUACUUCCCUCCUGGUACAUACAUGGUCUCUCAACCCAUUGUCAUGUUGUACUACACUCAGCUCGUCGGAGACGCGCUCAACUUGCCCACUUUGAAGGCUACUGCUGGUUUCCAAGGCAUGGCUGUUUUGGACUCUGAUCCUUAUGACAGCAGUGGUGCCAACAUGUUCACAAACCAGGUUCGUGAUGUCUCCCUAGUUCUGAAAAACUGCCUGACUAACAUUUGCUUNCAGAACAACUUCUUCCGUCAAGUCCGCAACUUCAAGAUUGACUUGACUGGCAUGCCUCAGACAGCUGGUGCAGGUAUCCACUGGCAGGUCGCCCAAGCAACUUCCCUCCAGAACAUCGUCUUCAACAUGAUUCCCGGCUCUGCCUCCAAGCAAGUUGGUAUCUUCAUGGACAAUGGUUCUGGUGGUUUCAUGAGCGAUCUUGUCUUCAACGGCGGUAACUACGGAGCUUUCUUGGGCAACCAGCAGUUCACCUCGCGCAACUGGACCUUCAACAACUGUAACACUGCCAUCUUCAUGAACUGGAACUGGGCAUGGACCUUGAAGUCGGUCUCGAUCAACAACUGCGGUGUCGGUCUUGAUAUCUCCAACGGUGGCUCCACCAACAUCCUGAUUGGCUCUGUUAUCCUCAUGGACUCCAAGUUGACCAACACCCCCAUCGGUGUCAAGACUUCGUUCACAUCCAACAGCGCCCCUGCCACUGCAGGUACUCUCAUCAUCGACAAUGUUGACUUCUCUGGCUCGGUCACUGCUGUUGCCGCUGCUGAUGGUAGUUCCAUUCUCGCAGGUGGCAAGGUUGUCGCAUCAUGGGGUGAGGGACGCCAAUACUCCGGUACUUCUGGUUCUCGUGUCCAAGGAUCUCUCGCUGCUCCUUCCAAGCCCGCUGCCCUGCUCGACAGCUCCGGCAAGUUCUUCGAGCGCUCCAAGCCACAAUAUGAGAACAUGCCCGUCAGCGCCUUCGUCAGCGUCAAGAGCUUCGGCGCCAAGGGUGAUGGUGUUACUGAUGACACUGCUGCCAUUCAGAAGGCUAUGGCUGGUGUCAACUCGAACCAGAUCCUGUACUUUGACCAUGGCGCCUACGUUGUCAGCAAGACCAUCAGCGUUCCCAACAACAUCAAGAUGACUGGUGAGAUCUGGCCACUGAUCAUGGCGACUGGCAGCUUCUUCAGCAACCCUGGUAACCCCCAACCUGUCUUUGACAUCGGCACAGCUGGCCAGUCCGGUGCGGUCGAGAUCACCGAUCUUAUCUUCGAGACCAAGGGCCCUGCUCCUGGUGCAAUCAUGCUGAAGUGGAACAUGGCUUCGGCACAAGGCGCGUCGGGUAUAUGGGAUGCCCACGUGCGUAUCGGUGGCAGUGCAGGUACACAGUUGCAGAGCGACAAGUGUUCCAAGAACCCAUCCUCCACUGCUGUCAACACUGGUUGUGAAGGUGCCUACAUGCUCUUUUGGGCUGGCACCAAGUCCUCAGGUGUCUACCUCGAGAACACCUGGUUCUGGGUUGCUGACCACGAGCUGGACCUUGCCGACCACAACCAGAUCAACAUCUACAACGGUCGUGGCGUCUACAUCGAGUCUCAAGGUCCUGUUUGGCUCUACGGUACUUCUUCGGAACACAGCAUCUUCUACAACUAUGAGGUCCGCAACGCAAAGAAUGUCUUUAUGGGCAUGAUUCAAUCCGAGACACCUUACUUCCAGUCCAACCCCAAGGCACCUGCUCCCUUCGUGCCAGAGCGUCCCUCGGACCCCACCUGGUCGAUCUGCUCUUCGCAAAACCCAUCAGCACCUUGCUACAAAUCCUGGGGUCUUCGCGUCAUUGACAGCACCAAUGUCUUCAUCCACGGUCUUGGUCUGUACUCGUUCUUUGAGAACUACGACCAAGAUUGUGUCGCCACAAACAACUGCCAGCAGAACAUGAUUGGCCUCCAAGGUAGCAACAACAACCUCAACAUGUAUGCCGUCACCACGAAGGCCUCUGUCAACAUGAUCACUUUGGACAACGGUAUGGCCGCUGCCCUCGACGCAGACAACAGAAACGUCUUUGGCGCCACUGUUGCCUACUACCGUAAGGGCGGUUCUUCGGCACGCGACUGUGAUGACGAGGAUGAACAAGACGAUGAGUAA